AACACACUCUCAGGUACGAACCGACGUCGUCUUCUCUUUUGUUUUCUCAGAUUCGGUUUUUGUUCGUCUGUGAUCAUUGUUAGUUCAUUUUGGGGGUUUAGGGAUUUGAAAUCCUCACGUUUCAGCACAUUCUUUGUGGUGCCCAUCUAUUCUCUAGCCAGUUUCGAGUUUCCUGAAGAAAUCAAAUGGGUUCAAGAUACGCAUCUCACCAGCUCAGCAAUGGGCUUUUUGUGUCUGGCCGCCCAGAGCAACCCAAAGAAAAGCCUCCAACAAUGAGCUCGGUAGCCAUGCCAUACACCGGUGGUGAUAUCAAGAAAUCAGGAGAAUUAGGGAAGAUGUUUGACAUUCCGACUGAUGGGACUAAGUCAAGGAAGUCUGGCCCCAUAACUGGAGGAUCUUCAAGAAGUGGUACGCAAUCAGGUCCAGUGCCUAAUGCAACUGGUCGUAUGUCUGGUUCUUUAGCUUCUGCUGGCUCAAAUUCAAUGAAGAAAACAAAUUCUGGGCCUUUGUCUAAGCACGGGGAGCCUUUAAAGAAAUCCUCUGGUCCGCAAUCCGGUGGUGUAACAAGGCAAAAUUCCGGCCCUAUUCCUAUACUCCCAACUACAGGUCUCAUAACAUCUGGGCCAAUUACCUCGGGCCCUCUAAAUUCAUCUGGGGCUCCUAGGAAAAUUUCUGGUCCUCUAGACUAUUCUGGUUCGAUGAAGACACAUAUGCCUUCAGUUGUCCACAACCAGGCGGUAACUACCCUUGCUCCGGAAGAUGACUUUUCCUGCAUGAAGAGCUUCCCCAAGCCUGUGCUGUGGCUGGUUAUACUUAUAUUUGUAAUGGGGUUCCUCGCUGGAGGGUUCAUUCUUGGAGCAGUUCACAAUGCAAUUCUCCUCAUUGUUGUUGCGAUCUUGUUCACAGUUGUUGCUGCACUUUUCAUUUGGAAUAUUUCUUGUGAAAGGCGUGGUAUCACAGAUUUCAUUGCUCGUUAUCCUGAUGCUGAUCUUAGAACUGCCAAAAACGGUCAAUAUGUGAAGGUCACUGGGGUGGUCACUUGUGGUAACGUGCCUCUGGAAUCAUCCUUCCAUAGAGUUCCCAGAUGUGUUUACACGUCUACUUGUCUAUAUGAGUACCGUGGAUGGGGUUCAAAGCCAGCCAAUGCUUCACAUCGUCGCUUCACAUGGGGACUGAGAUCAGCAGAGAGGCAUGUGGUAGACUUCUACAUUUCUGAUUUCCAAUCUGGGCUCAGAGCAUUGGUCAAAACUGGAAACGGUGCAAAGGUAACACCUCUCGUCGAUGAUUCUGUUGUCAUCGAUUUUAAGCCAGGAAGUGAGCAAGCCUCUCCAGACUUUGUAAGGUGGUUGGGUAAAAAGAAUCUAACCAAUGAUGAUCGAAUAAUGCGGCUUAAAGAAGGGUAUAUCAAAGAAGGAAGCACAGUAAGUGUGAUUGGAGUGGUUCAGAGAAACGAUAACGUGUUAAUGAUAGUCCCGACGACAGAACCAUUAGCAGCUGGUUGGCAAUGGAGUAAGUGCACAUUCCCUGCAAGUCUCGAAGGAAUUGUAUUGAGAUGCGAAGAUUCAUCGAACGUAGACGCAAUUCCUGUCUGAUGCAGUAGUAGUAAGUCUUUCUUUUCCUUCUUCUUCCACGGUUGGUAGACGAAAAUCUCACUGUUCCACUUCGGCUUCAUUAAUAUUUUUCAUGAAAUCUGAAAUGUGUUCUUGGUUGGUGGCUUUUCGCGCUCUACUGAUGAUGAUUCCUUUGGUUGGUUUAUGGUAGUGUUUCCUUUUU